ACUACGAGGUAUCACAGACAAUAAAUAGACAGCGACACUUGUUUCAUGUUAUUGUUGAUCAUACAUUUUAUAUUAAACAGAUUGAAUUAAACUGAUAAAUAGUUAUUAAACUCAAUAAGAAUAUCCAAUAUUUAACUAUUUACCAUGGAUGACGAUGCGGAAACUUAUAAACUUUGGCGUAUCCGUAAAACAGUAAUGCAGUUAUGCCAUGACCGUGGAUACUUGGUAACACAGGAUGAAUUGGAUCAAACGUUGGAGCAGUUCAAAGAGCAAUUUGGUGAUAAACCCAGUGAGAAGAGACCUGCUAGAAGUGAUUUAAUUGUACUAGUAGCCCACAAUGAUGAUCCUACUGAUCAGAUGUUCGUGUUCUUUCCCGAUGAACCCAAAAUUGGUAUCAAAACUAUCAAAACAUAUUGUACGAGGAUGCAGGAAGAAAAUAUUCACAGAGCCAUUGUUGUAGUACAAGCAGGUAUGACGCCAUCAGCAAAACAGUCGCUAGUGGACAUGGCUCCAAAGUACAUUCUGGAGCAGUUCUUGGAGUCAGAGCUGCUGAUCAACAUUACUGAACAUGAGCUGGUGCCGGAACACAUUGUGCUAACACCUGAUGAGAAGGCUGAAUUAUUAACUAGAUAUAAAUUGAAAGAGAACAUGUUGAUGAGGAUACAGGCAGGUGAUCCAGUAGCAAGAUAUUUUGGACUUAAAAGAGGACAGGUGGUGAAGAUCAUUCGGUCAUCAGAAACAGCUGGACGAUACAUUUCAUAUAGAUUAGUAUGUUAGGAUAGAAAAUAAAUAUUAAAUAUUUUCACAUA